AUGGCUUCCUUGUCGCCCCCUUUAGAUUUGUCGCAUCACUUUAGCCUCACAACGAAGCGGCGUGCUCCGAGCGCCGUCAAAGACUUCUAUAAGUAUUUUAUGAUUCCGGGCAUUGCCAAUUUGGCCGGUGGACUGCCAAAUGCUUCUUAUUUUCCGUACGACACACUCGAAGCCUCUGCCGCACAUCCCCAGCGAUUCCCGACAAUACCGGGCGGAAAGAAGGCCAAGGGACCCCAGACAAGCGAGCGUAUCGUCGUACCUAAAGAAUCUCGGAGUGCGACAUCAAAGAAGAUUGAUAUCACAACAGCCUUGCAAUAUGGCACCAGCGAGGGUCUCCCUCCUCUGGCGACUUUUGUCAAUCAGUUCGUUCGCGAGCAUCUUCACCCGAACAUUCCCUACGCUGGCGGUCCUGGCACCCUCUUGACCACGGGCGCAACCGACGGCUUCUCCAAGGCUAUUGAAGCUUUCACGGAAACGUGGAAUCCCGACCGUGACGGGAUACACUUGCGCCAGGGCAUUCUCUGCGAGGAAUUCGUGUAUAUGAAUGCUAUUCAGACCGUCAAGCCAAGAGGGUUGAACAUCGUCCCGGUGGCUAUUGAUGACGAGGGUAUGCUGCCAUACGGCCCGGGCGGAUUGGCCGAGGUUUUGGGAAACUGGAACCAUCGCAAAGGCUGUCGUCCACAUCUGAUGUAUACCAUAACCAUCGGCCAGAACCCAACUGGUGGCACAUUGUCUGUCGAACGUCGCAAGCAGAUCUACGCUAUUUGCCAAAAGUACGAUGUGAUCAUUGUCGAGGACGACCCAUACUGGAACCUGCAGUACCCGUCAGCCCAGGAACUCCAAGCACGACAUCGGAACUCGUCAGUAAACCCAGCUUUGUCGGAGCGCAAUUACAACGCUGGAAGAAAGUCAUCUGGGUACAAGUUUCUUGAUUCCCUUGUGCCGUCGUAUCUCUCCAUCGACAUGGACGGCCGGGUUGUCCGCCUGGACACGUUUUCGAAGACAAUUGCUCCGGGUUGCCGUCUCGGCUGGAUUACAGCACAACCAGCUUUCAUUGAGAGGCUGGCGCGAAUCGCAGAAUCGUCAACCCAAGCACCAUCAGGCUUCGUCCAAGCUAUGGUUGCCGAACUGAUCCUGGGCCAGCAGGUGGAUGAUGGAUCUGCUGAUUCCGCGAAAAGCAAGGACACCGAAAGGGCCUGGAAGAUGGAUGGCUGGGUACGCUGGCUUGAAGGUCUACGAGCAGGUUACGAACAACGCAUGCAGCAGAUGUGCAGUGGCCUGGAGGAGGGUAAAUAUAUCGCACUCCACACUAGGUCGGAUGAGUUCUCCUUGAGCGGGAAUGAAGAAGACUCAUGGGAGGUCUUGGAAAAAGUACAAAUGUACGACUUCGCAUGGCCCACUGGCGGCAUGUUCGUCUGGGUUAAAGUAAACUAUGAGAGUCACCCCUUACGUCAGAUAUAUGGACCUGAGAGGCUCUCCAAAGCGCUAUGGGUGCAUUUCACCCAAAAACCACAGCUCUGCCUCCUUGGUCCAGGCACCAUAUUCUCGCCGACGGACGAGGUACAAGCUCGUGGUCAUCAAUACUUCCGGCUGUGCUUCGCUGCAAUGCCGGCAGAUGAUGUUGUCCCCAUCACUCAACGAGUGGUCGAUGGUUUCAGAUCGUUUUGGCAGAGAAAGAACUUAGACGGACUUGAAGGUGAUGACGGCAUUGCACAAACGAUGGAGCAGCUGCAGAUGGAACCAUCUGCUAAUUUUCUGGGAAUGGGCUGUUGA